CAAAAACCUUAUAAAACUAUACCUAAAAAAUUAAGAGAUUAUGGAAGUAAACACACUUCCAGAAUUCAUAAUGGUGAUACAGAAUCAGAAGACUCUAAUCUUGAAGAUGAGCACAACUUAGACCCAAAAUCGGAGUCUGCAGAAAAUGAUAAAAUUUCUGAUAUUAUCAAUAUAUAUAGCUACUAA